AUGCCGAAUGAGACGGGCGGUCGACGGAAUGGAGUCGUUCCGCGCAGCCGACGAAUCGCGCAGUUGGUCGACGCAGUCACGGCUCUUCGCGGAGUUUUGAGCUCAGGUGAGGUCGCCUAUCGAUGCCACGUUUGUGAUCAAAAUUUUAUACGGAAAUGAGAAUGUGGUUUCAGACAGGAUGGAGCUUUAAUUUCCGGGGUGAUUAACCGGGGACAUUUUGUGGUUUAGGCAAAACUUUUUGCGAGUCUUUUAAUAUCCAGGCUUGGUUGAGCUCGUCUACAGUAUACGUACUGCAAAGUUUUACCACGAAUCGAAAAAUUGAGCAGUAUCGCCUUAAAAAUGCAGGCUUGCAAGAUUUGGCCGCAAGAAAGCAGCGUGCAAAGUCCCAAAACCCGGGGAAUUUCAAGUUUUUCCCUGUGCCAAGCCCAAUCAUAAGACUACCGUAUUUUAAAGGCGCAUAACGCACUGACCUCGAUGCCAACGCAAAAUGAGCUCCGAACCCUGUGCUCUGCUCAUUUCCCCUCUCCCAUUUCCUCUUUUCUUCAUUUCGAACCCUUCUCCUUCGCCUCAUUCUCGUUGCAAGAAAGAAGAAAAGGGAAAUUGGAAAAAGAGGGGGGGGACAAGGAGAAUUGGCCAGCAGAAGACCCCAAAAAAACGGUCCAUUAAACCAGCCGUCCCAUCCGCGACAUUUUGCGACGCGCAUUCGUCGUCUUCGUGUUCCAUCCCCCCAGUCGACGCCUCUCUUUUUCACAUUUUUCAGUGAGCGGUGAAUCGAGAGAAACAUUUGCCCCCCCUUUCGAAGAGUCGUUUUUUUCCUACUCGGGCCUCCUCUGUUCGUGCGGAAAGAGCGCGAGAGAAGCGAGAGACGCCGACAAAAGGCACUCUCUUCUGAGGACUACUGCUGAUGGCGCCGCCGCCGCCGCCGCCGCCGGAGAAGGGGAAAAGGCGGGCUUGACCCCCCGAGUGAUGGGCGGCCAGAUGCAUGUCUUCUCCGUUUAACCGCCGGCGCGCGCCACUGCUUUCCUUUCACACAUGGUCUCAAUUGGCACAUUUUGCGUUCGGCUCGUUCUCCUCUCAAUUUUUCUGGGCUGCUGGCCGGUCUCGGCCAAAAUCAGAGCAAACUUUGACAAUUUUACAAGAAAAUUCAAAUGUAACCAAACAUUUUUUCGAAUUGAAGCGAAAAGUUUGCAUUUUGUGGCUUUCCCCGCAAAUUAGUGUCGACAAAUUCUGCUCGAAGAGCAACUUUUCUUGCUCAGUGCUCAGUGCCAUUCCAGAAGACACAGUUCACAUUCCUCUUCUCAUUUCCCUUCGUUUUCGCGUAUUUGACCUACGCGUCGGUCGUCGGCGCAGGUAGAAAUCGUUCAAUCUUCAUUUGUUCCCGUCCUCCUCCUCCUCCUCCUUACAUGCUUGUCUUCAUUCUCCCCUUUUUCCGACCGCAUCUUUGACCUAUCCCAUCUUAAUUCCUCGUUAUCAGUGACACGAUCGGAACAGAAACAUCAUCAUUCUGAAUAAACCGAUCCGGGAGGGCGUUUGAGCUCUCGGAGACGCAAAGCAACUCCAUCUCUUCAAUGUUUUUGUCAAUCGCUGAAUAACCCUUUUUAUCAAGAAUUAAAAAUGUUAAUCGAAAUUACCUCAAUGUUCCGAAUCGUUAACCUUAUCAUUCCCUCUAAAAUCAACUGAAAACAAAGUCCCGUCCAGAUAAGAAUCGCACCAAAAACGGCCGGGCCACCUACAUAAAUAGGCCUGGUUUCGGCUGAGAUUCACUCGUUUUUAUUCCUUUUGCGACGAACACACAGGCAGGCGAAAGGAUUAUAAAAGGACGACAGGGACACACACACACACAAAAAUGCAAUAAAAAGUUGGCGCCGUCGGUCGGGGAGGGGACGAUUCUGAGUGAAAAAGGCACAUGGACUCUAAACAGACAAUUUUUUAGAGUCAGUUGUAGGAAAAGAUGACAGAAAUGUGUCGCCACGAAUUGUUUCGUAAAAUUCUUUUAUCGAAAUCACCCGCGUUGCGUGCGCUGUGUGCCAAUUUUGGAAAAUUUUGAAAGAGUUCGGUCGCGUUUUUCCGUCGGAAAUGAAGAAAUGUGUGAGUUCUGCAAAGCAACAAAAUUCCGGUAGAAAACUUAUUGAAAAGUGAGCAUUGCUGUUCGUGGCGAGACCCGACGCCGGCUCGAACUAAAUUUCUCAAUUUUGGUGCUGCGCCUUUAAAACUUUACCACAAACCUUUUCCCAAAAAAAUCAGUUAGAAAAAUUCAUUCUUCACUCGUUUUGCCUUGAUUUUUCUAGAAAAAACACUUUUUACUCGAAAGUCGAAAGCUUCGCGAGCUUGUUGUGGUAUUGUAGAAUUUAAAUGCGCAGCCCCAAAUCAGGCAUAAGGCGAGUAAUCGCAAGAUUAUAACGACGAAACGGCCCCUUCCCAGUUUACCAAAAAAAUGACGGCAAAAAAAGACAGGGAGGUAUUGGGUGAGAGCGUCCGUUCUUCCAAAUAUUUGCGCCGUCGCCGGGAGAGCGCGCGGGGGGCCACCCCGCUUGCUCCUCGGAAAAGUGAGCACACAGACGCGGAGAAAGAGUGUCGGGAAGAGGGAGAGCGAGACGGAAACGGGGAAGCGCCGAACUGUGUUCCAUAUUUUAUCACACACACGCUCCCACUCCCACUCCCACCAGUUGGGGAGGAAGGCCGCCCGACUUUUUUGUGUUUACCACCGUUUUCUUGGCGACGCUUUUUGGGCGUAUGCCUGAAAAGAAGGUGUCGGGUUACUGUACUUGGUUUUCUGACCUUUUAUAUAUGUAUUCUAUACACUUUUGCGCCCACAUGAGACGCCGACGCGCACUCGCAACUUGUUCGUUUUCGUCCCGAAAAAAACGCUUGGGUGGUCUCGCCCGCCCUUCUUCUGUGUCUCCUCCCUCUCCGCCGACGCCGCGCCACUUUUGAUAUGUCGCCGGGCGAGUCCCUCUCUCUCUCUCUCUCUCUUUCUCUUUCUUUCUCUUCUUCCUUCUCUUCCAUCAUGUCUGUUCCAUUUUCAAACAUUUGCCCUCUAUGGAAAAAAAGAGAGAAGGAGAGAGAGAAGAAGACUGGUAGGCAGAAAGAAUUGAAUAGAGAACUUUUUGUGGUCUGGUCGGUUUCGUUUUUCCAUCGUUCGUGUAUGUAGGUUGUUCGCUAAGCAAUUUUAAUUUUCAAAAAGUUAAUAUCUUGAUCUUUGCGCAUAAUUCUUACAGCUUCGUAAUGUGCCUUUGAAACCGUACUCCUUUUGAAGGCGCAGCAUCAAACUUGCAAAGUUUUGUUUUUGUUCGUUGUGAGACCCAAGUGUAUUGGUGCCUUAAUGGCCUAUUUUUCGAAAAGCCUGCUCGAAACUCUUUUCCGCCAAUAGAUUUUGACUUUUCCCCGGCCGUCCGGGAGGCAAGGCCACCCAGCCAACUAAUCAUCGUCCGGUCUCCGAACUGCCACGCGACACAUUACACCUCGUACUCAAUUCCAAUUCACCCCCAACAAAUCCUCAUUUGGAGAUGAAACGCAGCCGAAGGGCAACCGAGGCAACACAUUUUCAAACGUCGAGGUGUUGUCGGGUGGCCCAUAAAUCGUUGAUUCUUCGGCCUUCUCCUCCUCUUCUUUCUGCGUCGGUCUGGUCUUUCUUGCAUCCACCCGGCCGCCCCCGGCACUAUAAAUCUCGGUCCGAAACGACGAAGAGGGACGAAACUUAUUCGCUUCUCCAAAUGUUUCUUUUUCCUCUUCUUCUUCUUCUUCUCCGCCACCACCAGAUUUCUUUUAUGUUUCUCUGUCCGGGCGGUCUUGAGAGGAAGAUCAACACAAAACGAAAACUUUCGUGCUCCACCCAAUUUCCUUCGAAACUUUGCCAAACAAUUUCAGCCGGUGGCUCCCGGCAUAUUUGAUGAAUGGCGGCAAUUCAAUUUCCCAUUUCAUUCAAAGUGAGGAUCGCCUCUUUUCGUCGACCAAAAAAUGUUCCAACUUUGACGUAUACGAGAGCAGACUUGUCGUGGGCCAAUUUCUUCGUUUCAAAUCGCACAGCAGCAUUCUUCAAGAUCCAUUCAUAUCUGCUCUCUUUCUCCACAAUUAAACUAAUUAGAUGUUGGGCGAGGGAGCCGACGCCUACCGUAUACCCCCCGCCUACCAACUUCCGUUUCCCUUCCCCUAUACACCCGUCUUCUCCUUGCAUGGCGCCAUCAGCCGAGGAGCCAAGAGCAGAUGUUUCUCCCCCCUUGCUCUCCGUCUCUCUUCUUCCCGCACUCUCUGCUCUCUGAGAGAAAGAGAGCGAGAGAGUGCAAAAACGCAGACAUUGUCGGAAGAAGAACACUUGGCCUUCUGAAGUCGGCGCCCGCCGGCGGGGAGCUCGCCGUGUCCCUCUUCUUCUUCUUCUUCUUCUUUUGCUUCCUUCUCGUCCUCGCCAGUUCCAUAUGUGUUUCUCGAGCUCCCUGCUUUUUUCUUUUGUGCCAGCUCGCACCGGAUCGGAUUAGACGCUGCCAAUGGAGGUCUUUGCCGGAUUUUUUGAUGGCAUUCUAGAGAUUAGGUAACAAGAAGAUUCAUAUUAAGCGGGCUUCUGCGGCCUAGAAAUUCGGCAAACUGGAGGCAGAGCCCGUAAACUUUCUGGCGUUGGGCUCUCUCUCUCUCGCCGGGUGCCGCCCGUGUUCUGUUACCAAUUGAAAUUCGACACUUUUUUGGCCUCCACCAUUGCGGAUAUCUGUCCUGAAUGCCACGUCACUCGCUGUUUGUCUUCUACCGUACUCCUUUUACUGCUUCUCCUCCUCCCGGGCCUCCCGAAACUUUCAUCAAAUCUUUUCGUUUCGUCAACUUUUCUGCUCAAAUGAAAUCUUGUGCUGUUGCUGGCCUGAGAAGGAAAGAAAUGGGCGAAUGUGUGUGUGUGUGUGCAUUUGUGCAUGCGUGUACGUGUGUGUGAGCCCAAGGAGCCCCCGUGAGCACAAGUAUGUGAGAGCGGCGGCGCCACGAGCGAAGGAGACGAGCGCCAGCUAAUUAGGCUAAAACUCUUCACGAAAGGAGGGGCAGGAGCAAGAGCCUGCCUUCUUCGAAAUCAAAGUUUGUCCGAGGUUCCCCCCGAAAAGGGGCGUGGCUUCUCGGGGCCACGGUGGUGUUUACUCAUGUUUCCAAUUAGACGCCGCGCCGACGGCUUCAACCUACGAACCCAAAAACUUUGGACCCUUUCUCGUAAGAUUCGGUAAAAAGUGACGUACCAAUCUUAAAGCCACAGAAAAACUGCAAGGUUACGGUAGGAUCUAAGGAUGGCAAAUCUUGAUCCCUUACUAUAAGACAGCUAGCUCAUUCGCGUUUCUAACCGAACCCAGCUAUCGAUUUCUGAAUCUAGCUAGACGAAUUUGCAAACAUAAUCUAGCUUAGAAAAAUGUUGAAUCUAAUAGAUUUGUCAAUCUAAUUAGAAGACAUUUCAGUCCAGUCGCAGUGAAUUAGCAAUCUAUCUAGGUCCGGUUAGAAACGAGAAUUACAUAGCUAGAUUAAUAACGAUCACCUGAGAGAACCAUUCUUAUGCCUGAUAUGGUACCCAUUCUCAAUGUUUGGUCCUAAAAACCGAAUCACUCAACUCAUCUCUCUGCCCGAAUCGCAACAAUUUCCUGACAGCACACACGUGUUCCCCAUCCACCCAUCUCUCCAACCAAUGUGCCCCGGGUUUCUCCCCUCCGCCGUUUCAUGUUGCUCUCUGCUCUGCGAGGACCGCGACGCUCUAGGCGAGGGCCCCCUUGCCCGGCCGGCCGCCCGCCCCUCGCUCCCCCCGGGGCGGCUCCGUGUCGUUCUCUUUUCCCGCCCGCUCUUGGCGCCCGCGUUGGCUCUUGGCUCUUCUCGGAGGACGAGCACACUGCAUGUGUACUGAGCCAGUGGCUCCGUUUUAUAGAAGAACGAGAGCGGGACGCCGUCUUUCUCCCUCAUUUUUAAAGAGUUUUUUUUUGGCGGCGGCGGCGCUUGACGUUGAGAUCCGCAUAGGAUUAGGGGGCUCGGGGAUCUAAUCCACCGUAAUCCUGAGCCCUCCUAGCCAGGUCACAGCUACAGUAACCCUUGAAGGACAAAGUUCAAUGCUCUGCUUCUCCAAUACUCCUACUAAAGUAUGUUUCGAAUGAAUUGCCUUCAUUACUCCUGCUCACAAUCCAAUCGUAAAGCCGCCUAUUCUAUCCAAUCACUUUUUUUUUUGCUGCCUUUCCUUCUCGUUCCGACGUUUCAUUUCUCCGCCGUAUAAAAGUGUUUAAUGAGAAAGUGGGCUCCCGAGAGCCGUGGAUACCUGGCUCUACCAGCCCCUUUUUUUCGGGGCGCCCGAAGCAGCUGUCACGCAUCAGCCGCUAGAAGAUAAAGUUCGCGGAAAAUGAUUCAGAAGUUGAGGAAGAAGAAGAAAAAGUGAUAGCGGCGGCGAAUUAGAUGGGACCGAUGAUAACGGGCUCGGGCGGCUCUUUCUGGAGAAACAAAUCCCAGAGUUUUCUAGGCCAUCACAUCUAGACCGUGCUUUCGAACUAUGUUUUUGAGGUUCCAGGCGUAUCCCGGCUGUUUUUAUGAUAACUCUGUAGGCCCGAUGCAAAACAAAGCGAUCAUUUUCGUCUCUCUUCGUAUCAUCGCAAUCCUGCUAAUUCGCUGCAUCGAAACGGCUCUCAUGACCUAACUUUCUCUCUUGGCCUCGAAAAUCGGCACGGCUUAAAAUUUUAAAAAAUUUUUUAAACAAACGAUCGGUUUUCCAGAUUUUUACUCGGAAAAUUGCAUUUUUUUCAUUAAAAUUACACAAAGUUGAAACGAUUUUGAAUUUUUCGUACAGAAACCCGGCGGAACUUCCUUUUUCCCCGUUUUUUCCGAUCAAAAACCGAUUCGCUACUGUUCGUUCUCUUCUCUUUCUCUUCUCACCACAAAAAAGGAACGAAAUUGUCUCGUCGACACUCGCAAAAUUAGCAUACUCUUCUUCUCAUUCCUCUUGUCUAUUUUUCACAGUUAGUCGCCGGUCGUCUCCCCUUCCGAAUAGUGCAACUCCAUAAAAAACGGGAAGACGGCGGGCAGAAAGAACGGGAUUUCGUGGCGAGGCCCAGACCCGGCGGCAGUCUUUCUCGCUUUCAGAAGAAUCCGCGUUUUUUUCCGCUGCGCCCGGGGAACCCAUAAAAUGUGUGUGUGUGUGUGUGCGCCGCCGUCGCCGUCGGUUUAUGGGGGGCGGUAUUUCAAGGAGGCGGCCGAGAGAGUGCACGGAAUGAGGAGGGCGCGAGACGGCGAGAGGAGAAGCAGUCCGGGGGCUCAAUGUUGCAAGAACGGAGAAAGAGAUUAGAGGGUGAAAAAGAGAAGAAGAAGAAGAAGAGAAGGCAAAAAAAAAGAACGCACUCGUUUUUCCCUCUUCUUCUUCUUUUUGUGCUCGCAAAAGCUCUCCGGGAUUCUUUUUCGGGGGUUUUUUCAUCAGCUGCAAUUUUUCCGUUUUCCAUGCCAGUUUAGCCUACAAAUUGAUUCGCCGCCUUAUCAUCUGACCAUUUUUGACGUUUACAAUCCAUUCGAGUCGGUUUUGUGCCCUUACUUUCCUCGCUUUUCCCUUCUUCUCGUCUCGACUUGCCUUUUGACCGUUGCAGUGAACUUUUAAUUUAAAGGCGUAGCACUUGCGAAAUCAAGGGUCGACUCGCCGACCUGGCGCGGCUCCGACAGCCUGGGCUUGUUUUCAGAAAUUUUGCGAAAAAGUGUUCGAUUGAGAUAUUCCGAUGCUUCAAUUUUUACACAAUCAUGGAAAGUGCUCGAAGCGGCAAGACCCCCUACUAUUGUAUGAAUAGGUUCGCCCGCAGUGUUGGCAUUGUUGCGACCGCCCGGAAUGUGAUCGCAUUUGGUAUUCAGAUGAGAUGGCUUGGGCCCGGUGGGUCUCUCAGACACCCAAGGAGGUCGUCUCCUCGACACAAGUCCUUUUCCUGCCUUUUUCUCGCUUUUAUAAUCUCUUUUGUGCUCAGCUCGAAUCAAUUUCAUCCGAUCCUUAGUCCCUCGAUUCCCCAUCGUCUUCUUACCAUGAAAAUGAUGGUGAUGACAUAAGAGAAAGGGGGUUUCGUUUCGGGGUAAAGUGGCAGAAAAAGUGGACCGAUGUGGGAUGGAUGAUAAGCGGGCGCGGGGCAGUUUUACACACUCUCCGAACCGUUUUUUGUCGUCCCGUCGUGUCUGUUCUUCGGAAGCGACGACGACGACGACGGCAUCACGCAGAAUUCGUGACGGAUACUGUAAAGAAAACGCAAAAAAGAGACGUCGCGCGAAGGAUUGUUGGGCACUACCUCCGGGCCAGGUUUCGAUCCACAAUGGGUGGCUUUGGUCAGUCGUAGUUUAGGACAGUCUCUGACAAUAUUCUUGCGUCAUGUCUCCAUUCCAUUCCAUUCCUGAUAAGACCCUCUUUCUCUUUCGCUCUCGGCGCCCGACAUUGAUUUGAUUAGAGCACCCAAAAUUUCGAUCAAGUAAAUCGAUCGAACUUGUACAGUACAUAAUCGGAACCCCCAAUGCGUACUUGCGUUCGAAACUGAAACACACCAAAUCCGCUUAUGUUCUGACUGUUCCGAAAAAUGUUGCAUCGGCGUCGUCGUCGGCGCGGGGACGAUGUCAAAGUUGCGUAAAUAAAGGUGAUAAGGCCGCCAACGAACAAAAAGUUUCGCUUAUCGCGAGCACAGGGAGCAGUCGGGGAGCGACGGAGCGGAUCGGAUACUGUCGACUUUUGCGCUCCGCCCCGUGAAAAUUGGGACCGGAAGCCUCGCUCAUUCUUCGCCUAACCUUAUCAUCUUUUUUUUUCUAUUUCACUGCCAUUCCAAUCCUUUCUUCUUCUUCUUCCUCUUCUUCUCCUUCUUCUCGUCACUUUCACUCGUUCCAAAUACUUUCGCCCGCGCCGUAGAUUACUGUAGUUUUGGCCUGGUGGUUAAUAACGAAACAAAAUUUGAAGGGUUGAAACAAUGCGAGAGAGUGAGAGAGAGCGAGACUUUAUCAGUUUAUCAGUGCGUGACGGUCUGCGUCUCCGCGUCUACCGUACUCUUUCUCUUUUUCUCUUUCGGCACCGAGACAGAGGAGGAGUUCUUUAGGGGUAUCAGUUUUUGUGGGCAUAAAUGACUCGAGACUCCCUUUUUUCUUCUUUUCUCAUUUCUCUACUUCCUAAACUUGGGCCCAUAUGAACGUUUUUUCAGAGAAUGUGCCGGCAGGCUCGCCAAACCGACUUCUGAACUCGCAGCUACAAGUCGCACAGCACAGCCCAAACAACGACAGUAACCCAACAAACCACUGCAAUCUCGACGUGUCGCCCGAAUCGUUGAACAACAAUAACCGAAAGCCAAACGGCGGCAUGAUGGCCCCAAGCACCGAGGACCCGAAAGCGGCGGACGUGCAGUGCAACGAGGGAAUGAACGGAUGGAAGAAGGCCGAGCUGGAGGGAGACAGGACUCUGGUACGUGACGGUUACUGUAACAGCACCCUCUAUUGUUGAUUACCUGCUGCGUAGGCCAUGAUCAUCGAACACGGCUCCCCCGCGCCGAAUGCCACGUACCGCGGGGCGAAGAAGAACUGAUAACGGGCGUCGGGGACGAAAAAAGAUUAAAUUUGAGGUUUAUUCGCCCAUUUCCAAAGUCGGCGAAUCGUGCUCCGUGUCUUGUUGUUUACCCCCUUUUCAACUAAUUCUUGCGUGCCGGUCAGAAGUCGGAUGACUCCUCGGUUGGCUGAAAAUUUAUAGCAAAAAGUACGCAUGCACUCUUUUUCUCUUCCGGCUCCUAGUACCGCCGAGCACCGAGAGCGCCGGUGGCUGGUGGGAAAUAAUCCGAAACUUUGUACUUCUUCUUCUUCUUUUUCUUCUGACUCUUUCGGUUUCAUAUAAAACGCAUAGGAGCCAACCCCGAAGCGGUUUUUAAGCUCUAAGCUUUUGACGCAGUUUCCCACAGUUGACGUUUCCAGGCCAAACGAAUGGAGUCGCACAGCGGAGAAAGCGUCGAGGAGGCGAUGGAUGUGAGCGCCAACAGAGAAGCCCCUCGCAGUCCUCGAAGUAUCUUUGAACCCAUUUCCCAACAAUUCCUUCAUUUCCUAUUCCAGACUGUCCCUCGGCCAGCUCGGAAGGAUCGUCCAACGGGUCCGGCAACGAAAGAUACCGCGCGGGACCGAACACCGGUCCCAACACGAUCCACUUCUUCAGCCGGUCCCUUCCGCCGAACCAUCUGCGCCCGAGCAACCCGAUCGAAACCGACGCACCACAAUCGCCAGGUACGUAUUAUGGGUGCAUUUCAAAAAAAUAAAUGCGCUCUGUUGCAAUUGUGAUCUCUAGAAUUCAAAUAAAAAACAAACAAAUUAGGUCCCGGAGAUCACAAAAAGAGGAACAGAGCAGAUCGCAUUCACAUUUCCAAAAUAUGAUCGGAAAGCUCACGAGAUCAGAGUGGAAAAGUAAUCGUAGUGUGCGGUUCUGACUUGCGGCCAUCGGGGAAAAAAGUGCAUGCAUCCUUUUUCGGAAAGAGUCCGCCAUUGCUAGGUGACAACUCUCAGUAAGCGAUCAGAUCGCUCAUUCGUUGUACUAUUCUUGUUCGGUUUUUUAUCAAAAAGUUUUCGAAAACUCCCCGGUGAGUUUUAUGUGUCUAGCUGGCUCGGAUUUCGGCCGAGCAAAAGAGCAGUUCUGUUGUUCCCCUUUCGCGAAAGAGUGACUGAUGAUUCGUCUUCCUGUGAUCCCUCCCUAUCAUCUUUUGCAUUUUUCUGCUUUUUGUCACCGCCCGGAGCGUCCGCGUACUUUUCGUGUGCCUGACGAUUGAAAGAACCCUCCCCCUCUGAGUACUCCGAUUGGCUUGGCAACCGAGUACUGUAGGUGUAAGAUAACGGGGAAGUAUCGCAACUUUUAACUUGGCGACGACGAAACGAGACAAGAGAUAAGCGAGGCGGAGACGAGUGGAAUGGCAACUUUUUUCUCCUCCUCGGCAAUUUAGGAUCGUCUCUUCUGUUGGCGCGGGGAGGGAGAAGAAGCGAAAAAGCUGGGAGGUUGGUGUGUAAUUUGUAAUUCGAAGACUUCCUUCGGAUGCUCUGAAGAUGACGUGGCUUCGCCUCCUAAUUAGAACCCUCAGUGCUUCUCUCAAGUUGGCCAAAUCAAGUGCUCGUGUGUGACGCACGCCUCCUCGAGAACCUUGGUCUUCUGGAACUCUUCGAUAGCCAUCUUUUUCAUUUUUAUUUUCCUGGAAACCAGUUCGUGCUACCGUAAUCGCGGGACCGAUGUGAUAACGAUCGAGAUGAUUUUCGCGCGCCCCCUUACGGAACCCUUUUUCGAACCAAAUUAGAGGAGAGGGGGGCGAGAGAAAGUGAAAGGGCGAUGUCUCUUUUCUCUUUCUUUCUUCUCUGCCCUCCUUUUUUCUUGGGCUGCUGGCCAUCCUUGAUACCCCCUCCAGUUUUUGUUAUCACGGGGGUAUACGGUACUUGCCAUGGGGUUCAGUAAUCAUCGCCGCCAUCAAACCGUGA